GUAAACCAAUUUGAGAAGCUGGUAACUGCCUUGAAAGAUGCCCUUGGUUCGUCGGGAUUGACAUCUGAGGACAUUGACAUUAAACUACUCAACCGUUUGAUGCAAGAUUAUCGAAGCAAUGAAGAUGAGUGGAGGAGGUUUGCUCUUGUGGAUCCAAACAGCGGCUACACACGAAACUUGGUAGAUCAGGGCAACGGAAAGAGUAAUCUCCUUCUGCUUGUCUGGGCGCCUGGCAAAGGUAGUCUCAUACACAGCCACAGCAACGCACACUGCCUAAUGAAGAUCCUUUACGGUCAGCUCACUGAGACGCGCUAUGAGUUUCCAGGUAAGGCAAACUCACCUGAAGAUCACGCGAGUAUGACUACGAUAUCGGAGAAGGUACAUGUCGAGGAUCAGGUGGCUUACAUGAACGAUGAUCUCGGUGUCCACAAGAUGUGGAACAACGGUAUCGACUAUGCCGUUUCUUUGCAUUUGUACACUCCUCCGAAUAUUGUCAGGCACGGGUGUUUCAUCUUCGAUGAAGCGACUGGAGAGAGAACGCAUGUCCAAACCUUUGAAAACUUUUCUUUUCGCGGGAAGCGG